CUACAAUGGAAGGCAUCUUGAAUCUUCCCGCUAAGAGCUUUACACAAGCCUCGCUCUCAAGUUGGCUUUCUUCUUCUGCACCAACAGGAGCACAAGCAUUUUCCUGAGCGGGGAAACUCCAUUUUUGUGCAGAGUGAUCGCUUUCAGACCCACAAAUCUCAUCCUUCAGAAUCAUCGAUUCCUCUUACAUGUCUAAAGCCCUUCUCUCGCGAAUCAAGCCCCUUCGCAACCUCAAACCGAAACCAUCUUCCCCUUUCUCCUUUCCUCUCAAAUGUGACAUCAAGAAGCUUGUCAAUGACACCAUUAAAAUUCUCAAGUCCCACGAGAAGUGGGAGCAAUCCCUUGAAACCCAGUUCAAUGAAUCCGAUAUACCCGUCAUCGACAUUAGUCAUUUCGUUUUGGACCGAAUUGAUGAUGUAGAACUGGGUUUGAAGUUCUUCGAUUGGGCGUCAAAGAAUUCGAGCUCCUGUUCUUUGAAUGGGAGUGCCUACUCAUCGCUGUUGAAACUUCUAUCGAGGUUUAGAGUGUUUCCGGAGAUCGAAUUCACACUCGAAGAUAUGAGAACUAAGGAAAUUGUCCCGACCCGUGACGCACUGAGUAAUGUGCUCUGUGCAUAUGCGGAUUUGGGGUUCGUUGAUAAGGCUCUUGUGUUCUAUCAUGGCGUCGUUAAGUUGCACAACAGUCUUCCAAGUACGUAUGCUUGUAAUUCCCUGCUCAAUUUGCUUGUUAAACACCGUAGGCUUGGAACUGCACACCAACUGUAUGAUGAAAUGGUCAAAAGAGAUAACGGCGACGAUAAAUGUACGGAUAACUAUACUACUUGUAUUAUGGUGAGGGGCUUAUGUUUGGAAGGUAGAACCGAGGAUGGAAGGAAGCUGAUUGAAUCCAGAUGGGGGAAAGGCUGUGUACCGAACAUUGUGUUUUACAAUACACUCAUUGAUGGAUAUUGCAAGAAAGGUGAGGUUGGAAGUGCUUAUGAACUUUUUAUUGAAUUGAAGCUGAAAGGAUUUGUACCUACAUUAGAAACUUUUGGUUCCAUGGUAAAUGGCUUUUGCAAGACGGGAAACUUUGAAGCUAUUGAUCUUCUUUUGAUGGAAAUGAAAGAUAGGGGCUUGAGUGUUAGUGUUCAAGUGUAUAAUAACAUUAUUGAUGCUCAAUAUAAGCUUGGUUGUGACAUUAGAGCAAAGGAUAUACUUAAAGAAACGGCUGAGAAUUGCUGUGAACCAGAUCUUGUGACUUAUAAUACUCUAAUCAACUAUUUAUGCAGAGGUGGGGAGGUCAUGGAAGCUGAGAAGAUCUUGGAACAAGCAAUAAAGAGAGGAAUGGUGCCGAAUAAGUUCACUUAUACUCCGCUUGUUCAUGCCUAUUGUAAACAAGGGGAAUAUUAUAGGGCCUCAGAUUUACUUAUUGAGAUGUCAAAAAAAGGACAUAAAGUUGAUAUGGUUUCGUAUGGAGCUUUAAUUCAUGGACUUGUAGUUGCAGGGGAAGUCGAUAAUGCUAUGACUAUCCGGGACAGAAUGAUGGAAAGAGGGGUUUUACCUGAUGCCAAUAUCUACAAUGUUUUGAUGAAUGGACUUUUCAAGAAAGGGAAUCUUUCCAUGGCCAAGGUGAUGCUUUCUGAGAUGCUUGACCAAAAUAUAGCACCUGAUGCAUUUAUUUAUGCAACUUUAGUGGAUGGGUUCAUUAGGCAUGACAACCUUGAUGAGGCCAAGAAACUCUUUCAGCUCACUAUAGAAAAGGGUAUAGACCCAGGUGUUGUGGGAUAUAAUUCCAUGAUCAAAGGUUUCUGUAAAUUCGGGAUGAUGGAAGAUGCAGUUUUGUGCAUUGAUAGAAUGAGGAGUGCCCGUCAUGUUCCUGAUGUCUUUACUUUCUCCACCAUAAUUGAUGGGUAUGUAAAACAAUGUGACUUGUACGCUGCACUGAAGAUCUUUGGACUGAUGUUGAAGCAGAGUUGCAAACCAAAUGUUGUCACUUACACAUCUUUGAUCAAUGGAUAUUGCCAUAAGGGAGAAUUGAAGAUAGCUGAAAAACUUUUUAGCUUAAUGCAAUCUCAUGGUUUGGAGCCUAGUGUCGUCACAUACGGUGUACUUAUACGGAGCCUUUGCAAAGAAGCUAAGCUUGCCGAAGCUGCAUCGUAUUUCGAGCUCAUGUUGAUUAACAGGUGCAUCCCUAAUGAUGUUAUAUUUCAUUAUCUAGUCAAUGGGUUUGCAAAUAUGAAUGCUGCUGCAGUUUCCAAAGGACUAAAUAAUUUUAGCGAGAAUGCUAAAUCUAUGUUUGAGGAGUUCUUUCUGAGAAUGAUCGGUGAUGGAUGGACACGAAAGGCUGCAGCUUACAAUUGUAUUCUCAUUUGCCUUUGUCAGCAUCGAAUGGUUAAAACUGCCUUACAGUUGCGUGACAAGAUGCUGUCUUUGGGACUUUGUCCUGAUGCUGUUUCUUUUGCUGCAUUGAUACAUGGCAUUUGCUUGGGAGGAAGCUCAAAAGAAUGCAAGAAUGUUAUUUCCUGUUAUCUGAGUGAAAAGGAGCUGCGAAUUGCCUUGAAAUACUCACUGGAAUUAGAUAAGUCCAUAACUCAGGGAGGGAUUUCCGAGGCUUCGGACAUUUUACAGGCUAUGGUUGAGGAUUACGAGUCUCCUAAUCAAGAUUUGAACAGUUUGAAGGUGUGACAAAGAUAUAGAAUGGCCAG